GCGGCUGACGUGCGGCGGCGUUUCCGGGAAGAUGGCGGCUGUCGAAACGGCUGCAGACCCGGUAACCGUGGUGGUGGCUGUUGAGCCAAAGGCGAAGGACGAAGAGGAGGAGGAAGAGGAGUCGCUGUCACCUUGCGAGACGGUGCGCUGGGCUCCAGUGGGGGCAGUGGCGGAGGCCGGGCCCAGGGCAGCUGCGUUUUCGGAAGAGGCAUCGGCCGAGGAGCCCGGCGUGGCCCCGGCUUCCCCGUCAGGCUCGCCGGACCGGACGCUGCGGCGGCUGCGGGCCGAGCGGCGGCGGCUGGACUCGGCACUGCUCGCACUGUCCUCGCACUUCGCACAGGUGCAGUUCCGCCUGCGCCAGGUGGUGCGCGGGGCGCCGGCGGAGCAGCAACGCCUCUUGCGCGAACUCGAGGACUUCGCCUUCCGUGGCUGCCCUCACGUCCUGGGUUACGGGGACCCUGAGGACCCUGCCAGCGACGAGGGGGACGGGCUGCCAGGGGACCGACCACGGUUGUGGGGCGAGGACCAGAGUGAGCAGGAGAAACGGGAGCGUCUGGAAACCCAAAGGGAGAAGCAGAGGGAGCUGAUACUGCAGCUCAAGACCCAGCUAGAUGACCUGGAAACUUUUGCUUACCAAGAGGGCAGCUAUGACUCCCUGCCGCAGUCCGUGGUCUUGGAAAGACAGCGGGUGAUCAUAGAUGAGUUAAUAAGGAAACUGGACAUGAACCUGAAUGAGGACAUUAGCUCACUAUCCACUGAAGAGCUCCGUCAGCGUGUGGAUGCGGCUGUGGCUCAGAUCGUUAACCCAGCCCGGGUGAAAGAACAGUUGGUUGAACAGUUGAAAACUCAGAUCCGAGACCUCGAGAUGUUCAUCAGCUUCAUCCAAGAUGAAGUGGGAAGCCCCUUGCAGACAGGUGCUGGGCACUGUGAGUGCAAGGCCAGUGGGAAGACAGGAAGUGGCUACACCAGAACAGGCAGCAGCAGACUGCCUCCAGGAAAUGGCAGAGCGAAGCCAGAAGAUGUGAAGAGGGCUCAGGAGAGGGGGCUGCAUCUGAUGCGGCGAGCACUGGCCGUGCUCCAGAUCUUUGCUGUUAGCCAGUUCGGUUGUGCCACGGGCCACAUUCCACAAACCCUGUGGCCGACGGGCCAGGCUGACAGGGACUACUGUCCCUUACUAAAGCGGCUGGAGGUAUCAGUAGACCGAGUGAAACAGCUAGCCUUGAGGCAUCAGCCACAUGACCAUGUUGUCACCUCUGCCAACCUCCAGGACCUGUCUCUGAGAGGCAAGGAUGAGCUGACCAUGGCUGUGCGGAAGGAGCUGACAGUGGCCGUCAGAGACCUGCUGGCCCAUGGGCUAUACGCCUCCUCUCCAGGCAUGAGCCUUGUCAUGGCCCCCAUUGCUUGUUUGCUACCAGCCUUCUCCUCGGCCCCUGAGGCCAUGCACCCCUGGGAGCUCUUUGUAAAGUACUACCAUGCUAAGAAUGGCCGUGCUUAUGUGGAAUCUCCAGCCCGGAAGCUCUCCCAGUCCUUUGCUCUGCCUGUGAUGGGGGGUACUGUUGUAACCCCCAAACAGAGCCUACUGACAGCCAUCCACAUGGUGCUGACGGAGCACGACCCUUUUAAGCGCAGCGCAGACUCAGAGCUAAAGGCCUUGGUGUGCAUGGCACUGAAUGAGCAGCGUCUGGUGUCCUGGGUGAACCUCAUCUGCAAGUCGGGGUCGCUCAUUGAGCCCCACUACCAGCCCUGGAGCUACAUGGCACACACAGGCUUUGAGAGUGCCCUCAACCUGCUCAGUCGCCUCAGCAGCCUCAAGUUCAGCCUCCCUGUAGACCUGGCUGUGCGCCAGCUCAAGAACAUCAAAGAUGCCUUUUGAUUUGAAUGCCCUGGCCCUAGACCACUGCCUCAGUAGAGAUAAAUGUGUUAGUCUUCUAGGAUGGGGGAGGAGUUAAAAAUGCUCCCUGACUCUGCUUCAGUGGCCAGCCAAAUGACUGCAACUUAGCACCUCAGAAAGAUAUGCAGGAGACCCACUUAUUAAAAAGGUUCUGCCCAGGUUUGUGACCACAGUGCACAUAUGGGCACAUAUGUUUGGGCCUGUAUAAAAGAUAUCUGGCAUGACACACAGUUACGCACCAGCUCAUUGUACCAUGUCUGAUUGUUAGAAAGCUCAGGUUGCUCUAACUAUUCUCUUUAUGGCAGUAAGUGACAACAUGAGUUACUGGUCCUGGAAGACAUUCAACUUGAGGUUCCUGUUAGUCAAGUUGGGAGCCAUUUUUACUUGAAGGAGGUCUGAGAACCCUAGGGCCAGAGUUUAAAUUUCUCUUUAAGAAUACUAAUUCCUCUUUCUUCCUGACCCAGGGAAGGCGGAACUGCCUCUAAACUAGGAAUGAGACUGUGUGAGAAACAAUAUUUCUGAGGAAGUUAACCUCAAGUUGAUUUUAAUAUAAGUCCUUUUUGUAAAGCUAAGAACUGAAACCUGACCCUGACCUGGUAGUCCUCUUCUCACAGCACAGACAAUGGUUCUUUUGUUGUCUUGGAGCAGAGCUGUUUAUAAGGAAGGAGAACCAAUGUCUGGGAAUAUGUCCUCUGGCAAGUAGACUUUCCUCUACACACCUUCCAAUAAGACACUGAUAAGUUUUUUUUAGAAGUAAAUGUAUUAGAGAUCUACUGCUUCAGAGACUCCUGACAAAUGUAGGGAACACACGCUGGUAACCAGCAGCAACUCCCCCUGGGUGUGGUUCACCAAGCACCACUUGUCUUGGAGACAGGAUGAUGAAGGAGGUCUGAUCUUGCACCUCUCCCUCAGAUAAUGGCUUAAGUGUAUUCUUCCAGUCCAUUCCCACUACAGAUACUAGGAUGGGGGAUUAGGUAUUACAGCAGAUCACUGUUUACAGGCAGGAGGGUUGAGUAUUUCAUUGUAAAACUGGCUGUAGAGUGGUCCUAUUUGGUCUUCAGUAUUUUAGCCUUUUUAGUUCACGUUUGUUCAUCUGCUUGUGGUGGGUACUGCUCCAGGACUGACCAAAGAUGGGAAAAAAUACCAUUAACUUUUUGGAAAACUCGGCGGGCUCCAAAUACUACUGAUUCAGCAUUGUGUUCAUGUAUUCAAUUGCCAGCUGCACCUUCUCUGUCACACUAUUAUGUAGUGCAUUUUAACUUAAUCUCUUUUUCAGGAAUGUGUUACUUCUGUAAAUGCAUUAUUGAUAUUUCUGUAGAAUUAGUCCACCUUCUGUGUGAAGGAGCUUAAGUGUAAAAUGAUGUGAAAGAUGAUAUAUCCGUGGUUGCUAAUAAAAUCAUAGUAUUUUGUGUAAUUUCUCCGUACAGACUUUAGAGACUAGCCCUCAGCCUUGCUUUGUAAGUCUGUCUGGGCAUUAUCAGCCUAUCUGAUCGAGACCAAUAUUUCCUUGAGAGCUCUCUGGCUCCUUACCUUUCUGCCUCCUCCCUGUCCUGAAUCAACUCAGCUUUGGUUUUCCUUUUUUCUUAAUAUUGUUUCACUAAAAAGUACAUUUAGCAUUAUCAUUGCCUCCAGUCCAGGCUACAGACCUAUCUCCACAGCGGGUCUCCCCACAUGCCACUUUUGGAACUGGCACUUUGGAAUCCGUUUGCCUGAAGUCAUUUAGGGUGGGUGGUAUGGCAUAGCCCUAGGAUCACCACAGUAUUGCCUAUUUUGAAGCCUUACAUAAAUUAACUUGUCUUAAGGCUCUAGCAUCAUGGGAGACAUUUGUGUAUGUGUCAUCCUAAUUUAAUUCUUACUAGUAAGGCAGUAUCCCCGUUUUUCAGCUAAAGAAACAGAACCACAGGCUUACACAGUAGAAGAGAUGGGAUUUGAACUAAAACUGCCUGGCUCCAAAGCCUAUGGUCUUUCUGCUCUAUCAUGCUACAUUAUUGUAUCAUGCUUGUUCUAGAUUUUUUGUUUCUCUCCUUCCCCCAUCCUCUUACUCUACCAUCAGUCUGGGGAGGAGAAGGUAUUGUCCACAUACCUGCCAGGAAUUUCAGCUGCCAAAGGACUAGGCUAUAGGGAGAUGGACAGACAUUGUUCUUCCAAGUUCUUCAGGAAACCAUAAAGCGUGCAUAGGUUGAGACAAUCCAGCCAGCAUCCCAGCAAUCACACAUAAUCUUGUUAGUCACUGAUGUCAUCUGCAUCAUGUCUGAGGACAGAGCUCUAUCCUUGGCUUGGGGUGAGGCAGACCAGACUUGGGAGAAGAGGAGGUACAGUCUGCCCGGGCCUGUAAGACUAUGCAAGAAUGGAAAGAAAAAGCCAUGGAUAUGUAUUCAAUGAAAGUGCACAGUCACUGAGAAAAUGAAUGUGUUCUGUUUUAGUACGAGUAUGAUCUGCGAAGCGUUGUUAGAGAUUUUAAGAUGCUGUGUAUUCAUUCGUAUACUAGCGAGCACCAACCAACUGCCUUAGUCAGGCUAGAUGCUGGGGAUAGAAAACAUACUCCCUGGCCUCGAGGAACACACAAUUUAAUGAAGGAGAUAGCCUAGCCAAUUGGAGAUGAUGAGUAGGUUGUUAAAAGACAGAUUGCUGGGAGUUAAAAUGCCCCCAGAAUUUUUGAUUCAGUAGGUCCGGUGUGAGGUAUGAGAAUCUGCAUUUCUAGUAAGUUCCCAGGUAAUGGUGAUGCUUCUGAUCUGAGCCACACUUUUAAGAGCCACUGAUCCAAACCAACUAUAUAUAUUUUGUAAUAAAGGUAAGUAGAAAUUACUGAGAGAGAACAGACAAAGGAGAGAUUAAUUUUACCUGAGCCAGUUUAGGAAUGGCCUUGAAGGUUGGAGAGGAUUUGGGUAGGUUUCCUACCUCCACCCCCGCUACCCCUGCCUAUGUGGAGGGGAAGAGCUGACACACCUGGAACAGCCUGAGUAAAGCCCCCAGGGCUUGGAAGAGGUUUGGCUGGCUGGGUCCUAGGGGUUUAUGAGGGGUGUGGAGGAGUCACAGAACUUGUGCUGAAGGAAGGCUAGGCGGGAGUGAGAAUUCAAACUAUAGAAGCAGAGAGCCAAUAAAGGAUUUUAGUGCUGGGCUUAGAGUUGUGUUUAGAGCAGUUUCUCAAAAUAUUUAUAGAUCAUACAUCUCCACUCCAAACCUGAAUCAGAAUCUCCUGGAAUUGGAGAUGCAUCUUUAACCAGCAUCCUAGGUGAUUCUGAUCCACACUAAAGUUUGAGAAGUGAUUGAAGAAGAGGAAGAACUGGGGUCAGGUCAGUUAGAGAAGGUGGAAAAGGAUAGAAAUGAAAGUAGGUUUAGAAGAUAUAAGGCAAAAUUUACAGGAUUUAGUUAACUGAUUUGGAGGCUGGCAAUAUGUGAGAAAAGGCUCUAGUUGGUGGCAGAGUGGUUAAGCACUCAGCCGCUAACCGAAAGGUCGGCAGUUCGAACCCACCAGUUGCUCCAUGGGAAAAAAGAUAGUUUGCUUCCAUAAAGAUUACAGCCUUAGAAACCUAAUGGAGCA